AUGAAAAGAGACAAAGGAUGAAUGUAAACAGGGAAGGAAAAAAACUUUUUGUGGUUUAUAACUUAUUUUGGAACAAUAAAAAAGAAAAAAUAUAUACUAAUCAGACAAGAACUGAAUGAUAAAAUGCUUCAACAUGAGUAAAAGUUGUAGGCUUUUUUAUGAUGGCGGCCUAAAAGAACAUGCCACUACAUAAUGUCCACAUCUGUGGCUAACAAAAAGUAAAAAACUAAACAAACCCGCACUUCGCAUGUUUAAACCAACAAUAUAAUGUUUUUUACACUUUCACAUUCACAUAUAAACUUUGAAUGUUAUAGCUGUUGUAUAUAAUUUUAUGAUAAUUCUUGGUGGCUACAUUUUUUAAUUAUUUUUUUUUUUUAAGUCCAAAAUAUCUGUAGUUAGUUGAGGAAAACUUCAGAAAUAGCCUUCCAUUUGUAUAUACUACAUCUCCCACAAUGCACUUAUCUGAAAUUCCUGGUACGUCACUGUGAAAGGCCCUCGAACAGCGGUCUGUUCGAAUGCCAGCCUUUAAAAUGCUGAAUUCUUUAUCUUAAAAUAAAAUAAACCGCUUUUUGAAUUACUACAUUCACAUAAAGAAAUAUUAUUGAUAAAACUGAUCUGAAACUCAUUUUUCUAAAACCAUGGAAUUUAUCUAAAACAGAAAUAAAAGCUGAAGACUUCAGUCAGUGGAACAUACCUCGGAUGGUUAGCUAUUUGAGACACAUUCGUGUGCUCCGAACUCAGUCAAAAAUAUUAACGGGAACGCUGAAGUCAUGAAUAAACGAGACGGCGAAGGAUCUUCUCGGAAAAACGCUGAUGCGGCUCGCGAGCAGAGCAUUAGUUCUUCACCUGUCGUUGCUGCUUUUAAAGUUUUCCAGCAGGAACUCGACACCAAACACGACAAAUAUGAGCGACUUGUUAAGAUCAGUCGAGACAUCACCAUCGAAAGCAAGAGGACCAUUUUCCUUCUACACAGAGUUACCAAUGUACCCAAUACAGAGGACGUAUUGAAGGAGGCGGAUCUAAAACUGGAGGGCGUGAGGCAGAAGAUCGGUCAGAUCGCAGAGGAGCUGAGAGGAGAAGAUUUCUAUCAGUUUCACAGAGCUUUUACUCCAGGGAUUCAGGAGUAUGUGGAAGCCGUCUCCUUCUCGCACUACAUCCGACAUCGCAGCCUUAUCAGCCUGGAGGAGAUCAAUGCCAGACUGGUGUACAUGAGAGCCGAGGGGGUCGAUCCUAAGGGCUCAGGUGAAGGUGUGGCGCCGGGAGCCCAGGUUCUGACCUUCCAUGUGACGCCUUCAGACUACCUCCUGGGCGUGGCCGAUCUGACGGGGGAGCUGAUGCGAAUGUGCAUCAGCAGCGUGGGCAACGGGGACAUCGACACGCCCUUCCAGCUGAGCCAGUUCCUGCGGCAGAUCCACGACGGCUUCUCCUACAUCGGCAACACCGGCCCGUACGAGGUGUCCAAGAAGCUGCACACGCUGCGGCAGAGCCUGGGCAAAGUGGAGGACGCCUGCUACACGCUGCGCGUCCGCGGCUCCGAGAUCCCCAAGCACAUGCUGGCUGACGUGUUCUGCAGCAGGACCGCCCUCCUGGACCCAGACGAAGGGGUGGCGUGACGCUGCUGCGUGGCGUCGUGGUCGUUUGUGGCGUCACUGUCCUGGUUUGUGUUUUUAAAGGUGUUUUUUAGAGCUGCAGCUCCGUUCAAACAGACAAAGGGUUUCUUCAUUGAUAAAGAUCUGGUGACUUCAGUUGUUUUGCAUGAAUAAAGGUGGUGUGCCAAAAAAUGUGCCCCCCCUCCAGACGUUAA